CGAGCCGCGAAUUGCCUGGUUUCACUUUGCGGGAGACCGCGUGCAUGUUUGACGCAAGAGAUUGAGUAGGGCACUUCCCCGUCCAUGGACUGGUAGAAGAUUCGAUUGUUUCUGAUGACACGGACCUGCCGAGGACGAAACUCUCUGCAUGAUCCUGCUCGCAUUAUGCCCGGUUUCGUGGGUGGGCCACUCACAGCUUGUCGCAAGACAGCCGAUCAUAAGGCCAACAGGAAGAUCCAGAAACCCCGAGUGUGACAGCCAAGUACCCAGUCACGCCAGAGCCAUUUGACGAGUUAUAUAGGUAGUCAACCCUGUCCUUCGCGGUACUUGUUGCUUCGCGUGCUCCUUCGACCUUUUUCUGGCCGGAGGAGCAUUGUUACUGCCAGCUUCAUUCUGGGGAAUGCCGAUCUCUCCUCUCCGGAAGUUUGUGCGCAUCAUCAAUCCGCACCUGUCUCUCGGAUCUCCGUUGUUGGCAUACCAAUUGCAAUCACGCAUCAUUGAUGAAAACUUGGAGGUCAAGAACAUCUGGUGACGGAGUACUCCAUACAUGCGACCCGAGUCCGCUCAGCGUUACGUCCACGAUACUCGCCUCUCUGUGGACGAUAACACGCGGCAGUCAACAAUUCCCAGUUUAUUAUUCUUGUAUUGCAGAAAAUCUCGACUCCACCCGACCGAUAAUUCCUUUUCCUUGAAGCUUCUCGUUUGCGUCAUCCAAUCCAUCAUCACAAUUUUAGCUUAAGAUCCGUAACCUCUCCCAACUGCUGCGCCAUUGAGAUAGCUAAAAGCCAGAAGCAAGCCCAAUUGCUCAGAAGAAAUUAUGUGUGGCUAAGCUAGCCUCAUGGAUGCGCAACAACAACCACCUACGCCGGGGCCUCGGGCACGUCCGAAGCUCCCGCCAAUUCAAACAUCCGUCAACAGGCGGACGUCAAUGCGUCCGAAGCCACCCCCCCCGGAAUUGGUUACCGGCUCAACAUCCGCAGACAGAGUCCCUCUGAAAGCACCCAAACCAGAGACCUCAAAAUCGUCACUCAGAAGCCUUAUCAACAAAACUAAAUCUAUUCGGCAUAAUAGCCCGAAGAGCGCUAGUUCCCAGUCUCCGAUUGUGGAUUCAAAGCCGUUUACCAAUGUCAGUCCAAUGUGCGAGGAUCAGGUUACGCCGACCAGCACAAAACAAUCCUCCAAGAUAACUAAGUCUUAUAGCGAAUCGACAGUUCCAUCUCUAGCCAACGGUUCCCUCAAUUCAACCCCAAAGCUUUCCAAAUCAGUCAAAGAACGGAAAGGUCAGGCAAUUACUAACUGGAAGCCCCCACCGUUGUUCAAGGCUUACCCUCAAGCCAUUAAACAUGCGGUUUUGUCUGCACCAAAUAUGUCAGCCGAGGCGAUUUUGCGGAUCCAAGAGCUACUAAAGCAAGAAAGCCGAGAAAAUAGUUAUACGAUCGACUCAAAGGGGAGAAAGGAUCAUAAACACGUCAUGAAAGCCACUGACACUAUUCACAAAAUUGAGUGGUCUCGCAAGAUAUACAUGCUGGUCACUAGUGGUUAUCUACUUCAGUAUAGUGCUGACGGUAGUUUCGAUCGGUUGCCUGAACUGGUUCUGGAACUCGGGGAGAAUUCUGUCGCAUUUGCUAGCGAUGCUCUUCCAGGGAAGCAUUGGGUGCUCCAAAUUUCGCAUACUUUCGACGAGAAUGGUACGACGGCUGUAGACAAUAAGAGAGGCUUCUUGUCUCGGCUCCGACUCUCUGAUUCGCCAAAGAUGACACAGUCAUUUUUACUAGUGUUGGACAAUGCAAAUGAAUUGGCGGCCUGGCUGAUCACGAUGCGCCGUGAGAUCGAGGGCUUACGCGGGCAGGAGUAUGUUCCUGAGACCCCCAUGGUUGAUGAAACACCUCAACCUCUUCAUCGGUAUCGAAGCAUGGCAUCGAUGCGAAAGCCCGCAACAAAGGAUCGUCGACGAGCAAGCGAUCAAAAUAAGAAUAGUAUUGCCAAUAGGUCAUUAGUAUCAGUAUCUUCGUCUACACUCUCUCCAUCGACGCAAUCGCGGCUCGAUGGCCUUGCCAUCCUACAAGCAAAUCGUCGAUCUAUGGCUCGGUCAAUCGAAGCUCCCUCUCCUUCGACAGCAACCACAGGCAGUGAUUUCGAUCGCUUAAAAGAUAACUGCCGGUUAUCAUAUGCUUCCAUUGGUACCAGGACCAUCUCUAGCUCCUGUGGCUCGUCCCCGCCGUCUUCCUCAGCAGGUCCUAAGUAUGCAAUGACCAAAAGCUCAUUUGGAUCCCCUGAAGGUUUUCGAAAUGAGCCAAAUGGCCCGCUUUUGGAUACGUGUUCGCGACCAAUAUCCACAGUUCGAGGACCGCCCUGUCUUCGGCGAGAGAGCGGCACUCUUGAGCAGCCAAGGCCGGAAUACGUUUCGCCCCAAGUGGUGAGGCCGGUUUUAAUGUCUACACCCAAUUUUAGUGUUCCGGUAUUCAGCAAACGAUAUUCUUCCGCGGUAAAUGUGCGAUCAUCCCAGCCUCGCUCAAUCACUCCUGUUCCCAAUGUAACACCCGCUGCUGCUGUAGCGCAACUAUCGUGUUAUGAUUCGGAAACAUCAAUUGAUUCGAGCCCUGAGGGCCUGGCGCCAAUCGAGCAAGGAGCGAGGACAAAAAUGUAUCCUCACAUCGCUCGUGAUGGUGUCAGACCAUCAAGUGUAAGAAGUCGACAUUCAGCCAUCGGUACUUCAGAAGCUAUGAGCCGACAAGCCAACCAAUUAAAAACAUACCAGCUCCCACCACGGAGAUAUUCGACAUCCGAACACAGUGUUGACAUGUAUUCCCCUGUAUCUGGAGGCUUUCUUGUGCCACCAGCUAUCAACAAAGAGAGUGAGAGAACGGUUCAGGAAACGCCACAAUAUCGCUGGCCACUAUUGACGGGGACAGAAUCCACCGCGUGCGCGCGACACCCACGCGAGGACGGCACAACAUCCCUACGGCGACCAUUAAGCUUGCAAGCCAAGACUCCACGCGUAUUACCAUCAGAACAUCCUCCUAUGACCUUGAUACCACAGAGCACACAAAAUCCAAAACGUUUGGCAAUCUCAAAUUUGUCAACAGCGGCUAGAUAUCCUCCCAUACCACCACCACAAAGCUUCCAGUCGCAAGCCUCCAGAGCUGUAGCCAUCUCGAAUGUCCCAAAGCCACUUAGGUACUACCCACCACCUCCGCCGUCACGAAGCUCCCACGUAUCCAACCUUUCCCCCAAACGCAGCUUGCCGCAAAUGGCCUUCGGGCCGCCUCCGGCGCCACCACCAAACUGUCCUCUGCCUGAGAUCCCGCCUGCCUCUGGCCCUCGAAGACCCCCUUCUUGGACUUCUCCAACUGCUGCGAUGAAACGGACACACAUUCCUGUCCCUCAGACACGCGUGAAUGGUGACCAACGAGUACUGGCCAGACCUUCACCCGGGCCUUAUCGUGCAUCCGUACCGGCAAUUAAUGCAAGCGGCCUGACCGAUAUGCGUGCAACAAAGAAGUCGGGUAUUUUGCAAGCUUGCUAGAUACUUAGAACCGUGCAAUUGAAUCAAUCCGCCUAGGAAAAUAGGCUGUGUACGAUCCUUUACACAGUUUUUUCCCUUUUCGACGAAAGAUUAUUUUUCUCAUUUUUUAAUUUCGCGCAUAUACCCCAAAUAAUUCUCAACUUAAUAAACAAAGCGCCGUGAUCACUGUUUUAUUUUUCGCAUUUUGGCUUUUGCCUCCACUUCCCUGGCAGGGAACUCUUUUCUUUUUAUAUUUUCAUUCUAAUAUAUAUUUGUGCACCUGUUUCGAGAGGUUUCACAUACUUUUUGACGGUGUUAUGCUAUUAUAUGCUCUCUCAUAAUGUCUAGAUAUGCAACGGCAGGCUCUCCUGGUUGAUGACUCUACGGAGGACGCGAGUCCAUUUCUCCAAGUCCAAAAUCUUAUCCAUGCCCCUCUCGUUCUUUUCGAAUUCAUUUUUUUUAUUUUCAGUGAAUACAUGUACUACCUAUAUAUAUAUAUAUAUAUAUAUGCAUGCUUUUUGAUGGGUAUAACGAUAAAAGCAGGGCGAGAGAUAAUUCCAAUGUAAAUAUAAUUAAUAAUAUAUACUCCAUAUAACGAUGUGACGGUUAG